UCACAAAUUGCAGGAUUUGGUACUUUUUGUGAGCGACAGCCGACCGUGAUGCUACGCAGUCGCUCACUUGUAGUUGUACCCUCACUCGCCCGACCCUCUUCUCUUUUCUCCUUCUUCUUCAUCAAAUUCCCACUUGUACCCAGCUGCAACACCCGCCGCCCGCCUCUCUGCUAUCACACAUCCCCCCGUUUGUUCCCCAAACCCUUACCCAGCAAUGAAUGUUUCCCUUGCUUGUCCGUCAACAAGAUGCACCUCUCCACUCUCACGGCCGCCGCCACUCAACCGAUUCACGGUUCCUCCGCUUCAUUGCCUGCCGAUACAACCCUUUCCACUAGAGCCAGGAAAAAAGCAAGGCGUGAAUCGCCGGAGGGAGUGCUUAGGCAUAAGCUAGACAUUUGUUCGAAGAACGGGGACGUGGCUGAAGCGCUGCGCCUUUACGAAGAGGCGCGGGGAAAUGGGGUCCCGCUCAGCCAACACCACUACAAUGUGUUGCUCUAUUUGUGCUCUUCUUCGGAUGGGGUUUUGGGUUUGGAGAAGGGUUUUGAGAUCUUUCGGCAGAUGGUGACAGAGAAUAUCGUUCCCAAUGAGGCCACGUUUACGAGCGCUGCGAGAUUGGCUGCUGCUAGGGAAGACCCAGAAAUGGCUUUGGAUUUGGUUCAGCAGAUGAAGGGGUUUGGUAUAGCGCCCAGGUUGAGGUCUUAUGGGCCGGCUUUGUUUGGGUUCUGCGAGAAGGGGAUGGCGGAUAGAGCUUAUGCAGUCGACGCGGACAUGGUUGCGUCAGGGGUUGUGGCUGAGGAGGCUGAGCUUUCUGCCAUUCUCAAAGUUAGCGUUGAUGCGAGGAGGGCAGACAAGGUGUAUGAGAUAAUGCACCGGUUGCGGGCCACGGUGAGGCAGGUCUCGGAGACAACUGCUGGGAUUGUUGAGGGUUGGUUUAAAUGUGAAGAGGCGGCAAAAGUGGGGGAGGAAGCUUGGGAUGUGAGUAAGGUGAAGGAGGGAAUUGUGAGGGGAGGUGGAGGGUGGCAUGGCCAAGGGUGGCUGGGCAGUGGGGAUUGGAGGCUGACCAGGACUCGCAUGGAUGAGACCGGCGUUUGUGGUUCGUGCGGCGCCAAGCUUGUUUGUAUUGAUAUUGAGCCUAAGGAGACCCAAAAUUUUGCUUCCUCAUUAACCAACUUGGCUUGCAAAAGGGAGGUCAGGGCUGAUUUUGUUCGGUUCCAGGAUUGGCUUCAGCAACAUGGUCCAUUUGAGGCAGUUGUAGAUGGUGCCAAUGUGGGUCUUAUCAACCAACAUAGUUUCAGCUUUUUCCAGCUUAAUACUAUUGUAAAACAACUACGUCAAAUGAGUCCUUCGAACAGAUUGCCCCUGAUUAUCUUGCAUAAAAAUCGUGUUACUGGCGGUCCUGCUCAGCAUCCCGGUAACAAGAUUUUGUUAGAGACUUGGAAAAAGUCUGGUGCACUUUAUGCUACUCCUCCUGGUUCAAAUGAUGAUUGGUACUGGUUAUAUGCUGCUGUUAGUUGUAAGUGUUUACUGGUGACAAAUGAUGAGAUGAGGGACCACUUGUUCCAACUGCUAGGUACUAGCUUUUUUCCAAGAUGGAAGGAAAAGCAUCAGGUUCGACUGUCGUUUUCACACCGCGGGGCAGCUCUCCACAUGCCUCCCCCUUAUUCAAUUGUUAUUCAGGAGUCAGAAAAGGGUAGUUGGCAUGUUCCAACGACCACAGGUGAUGAUCUUGAGACCCCAAGGCAGUGGUUGUGUGCCACUAGAGCCAAGGAUGCAUCAUCAUCAUCUCAUCUUUGAAGACAUUUAUCCUUGCAUGUAUGCCCAUGCAUGAGAAGAGAGACAAGACUUUCGAGGAUCCUACAUACAAACACCUCUUUCAAACGCCACUUCCACCAAAUUAAUUAUCAAUUUUUACCUUCUUUUUUAAAAAAAAAAAAAAAAAAAAAAAAAAACUAAAAAACUUUACCAAGCUAAUAUUGAUUUUGUGAUCUUGUUGAGUCUUGUAUUUUAUUUCAUUAUCAAAUAAUUUACCUAUUCAAUGGUAUAUAUACUUUUUGCCAAAUAGCAACAAUAAGUUACAACAAGAAGAUAUUUUGAUUGGUGGUUUUGUUCCAAAUGAAUUAGAUAUUUUGAUUGUAAGUGAGAAAAUUUUUUCUCUGCCAACUCUGAUGCACACCCUAUUGUUUCCUAUGUAAUUUUGGAUUAUUUUAGUAAAAUUUAUCCUUGCCAAAAAGGAAAAAGAAAAGGGGUUUUUGUACAUAAAGCAAUGCUGCCGGUCG